GGCCAUUGUGAUUAACAUCGUAGACUGAGUUUAGUUUCUUCACCUUCUCUACUUAUAAGAAGGAGGUUUGUUUUCACUCACCUCAUACCACCACCAUCAUCAUAAAUUUCUACACAAAUCCUCCUCUAAAAACCUCAAACCCCCCUGCAAUACUUCAUUCACCUCAUGGCGGAAACACAAUCGGUUAGAGUGGAUGAGAAGCAACUAAAGUACCUAGGUUUCGUACAAGAGGCAGCUAUUUAUGUCAUUCUGUUAGUGACAUCAUUCUACGAGUACGCUAAAAGCAACUCCGGUCCGUUAAAGUCCGGUAUUCUAACUGUCGAAGGCGCUGUUACGGCUGUCAUCGGACCUGUCUACCACAAGUUUCAUCAUGUUCCCUUCCAGCUCCUCUUGUUCGUUGAUCGCAAGGUUGAUCAGCUGAUGACUAAGGUGGAUCACCACAUGCCAGCGUUAAUCAAAGACACUUCAAGCCAAGUCCGAUUACUGGUUUCAGAGAUCAAGCAAGUAGGUGUGGUGGAGACGGCUAAAAAAAGGGCUCACACAGUGUACAUUAAGUACCAGCCUGUUGCAAAUGAGUACUACUGCAAGUACGAGCCGCUCGCUGAGAAGUACAUUGUGGUGGUUUGGAAUUCUCUCAAUAGGCUUCCUCUGUUUCCUCAACUAGCUCACGUUUUAGUCCCAACAGCAGCAUAUUGUGCCACGAGAUACAAUCGAACCGUCGUUUAUUUCAGAUCAAGAAGCUAUACGGUGUCAUAUUAUGUGCCAUUGGUUCCUGUUGAGAAGAUUGCGAAGAUAUUUAAGACUACUGAGAAUGGGCAUGCCGCGAGAAAUGGAUAUGCUGCUGAUGGGAAGACUCAAUGAGAAUCGGCAUGGAGAUGGAGGAUCAGGUUUGGGUUGUGAUGUUUAUAAUAUAGCAAUAUGUGUUCUUAAUGUCUAGCUAGGUAUUUAAAUAUUUAGCUUUCCUCUGCACUGUAAUUUCGCUUUGAGGUUCUGCAAAACAUAUCUCGGUGAAGAAAUUUGAAGCCCCUCUAAGUUCUUCUCUAACAUUUCAGUAAGCUUUUUUGCAAUUUAAAACCAAUAGUUCGCUAA